AUGGGGGCUGUAGUUGCAGCUAGGUUAGGAAAAUAUCUAUUGAAAAUGUUUCAGGAUUUGGUAGGGUCGGAAAACCCAGCAGAUAAAUUAACUCGUGGUGAAACAGCAAAUGCAUUGGUGAAAGAUAAUAACUGGUGGCAUGGUCCAUCAUGGUUGAAAGAUUCUAAAGAUCAAUGGCCUGAGCAGAAGUUUAAAGUAGAAACUGAUACUCAAAAUUUGGAACGUUUAAGCACUUAUGUUCAGCAAUCUCGAAAAAUUGUUGAGAGUUACAGCUUGGGAAAGUGGUUUGUCGCCAAGCUAAGAAAAUGUGCCUGUGAAGAAGGGCCUCUUACUGUAUUGGAGAUCCAAGAAGCUGAGGAGUACUGGAUAAAACAAGUACAGAGAGCGAAUUACUUUUCGGAUAUUCAACAAUUAGAGAGGAAUAAUCUAAUAACACCAGAUUCUAAGCUUUACAGUUUAGCACCAUAUCUGGACAGUAGAGGUAUUUUGCGUGUCAGAGGUCGUUUGGAACAAGCAGAAUUAAAAGAUGACGAAAAACAUCCCAUUGUUCUGCCGAAAACGAAGUUCACCGAACUAGUGAUAUUUAGUGGACACAUAAAAUUAUUCCAUUCAGGAGUCAUGGCAAAAUUGUCCAAAGUCAGGAAUGAAUUUUGGAUACCUAAAGGAAGACAAGUAGUAAAGAAAGUUGUUAACGCUUGCCUGGUAUGUAAAAAGGUCACAGUGAAGCCCGCCAAACAGUUAACGGGUCAGUUACCCAGAGAUCGUGUAGUCCAAACAAGAAGAGGAAGAUGCAAAGUGAUUUAUUCAGAUAAUGCCAAGAAUUUCCGCAGCACAUGUGAAAUAAUUAAAGGAUUUAAAAGAAUCAAAGCAGAUCCAAGUGUGAGUGAUUUCUUGACAUCCAAAGAGGUAACAUGGAAAUUCAUACCUGAGCGUUCUCCAUUGUGGGGAGGGUUUUGGGAGCGUUUGAUGAGAAACAUUAAGGAACCUCUGAAGAAAAUCUUAGGCAGAGCAUUACUGACUUUCGAAGAGCUCUCUACAAUAUUAACUGAACUCGAGUGUGUGCUAAAUAAUAGACCUUUAACAUACGAGAGCAACGAGCUGGGUGAACCUCGCCCGCUCACACCUUCAGUUUUUAUUGCCAGGACGUGGUACAUUUAA